CAGCAGAAGUCGCGCACUACACGCACCCUGCCCAAAGCAGCAUAUCUCUUCCUCAGUAUCACACCCUUCUGGGCAUGUUCAUACCAUUUUCACGCCUGUUCCAGACAAUUGCACGACCUUUCGCUCCUCUCCCGUCUCGGCCAUUACCUAUUCGCAUAGCCUCCGGGAGAAUAUAUUUGAGAACAAUGUCUACUGAAACGCCCAUCGUCCCAACCAGUCCUAGCAGCGUUGCUGACCCCUUGGGGAAGGGUAAGUACAUUCAGACAGCCGGAUGUAUCAUCGUAGGAGAUGAAGUACUAAAUGGCAAAACUAAGGAUACGAAUAGCAAUUUCUUUGCUCAGUAUUGUUUCGAUCUUGGUAUAGAACUGAAACGAAUUGAAGUCAUCGCAGAUGAUGAAGAUGAGAUCAUUGAAGCCGCACGUCGUAUGACUGAAAAAUAUGACUUCGUGGUCACUUCAGGAGGCAUCGGGCCCACACAUGACGAUAUCACAUAUGCGUCCCUUGCUAAGGCUUUUAACUUGCCCCUCGUUCAUCACCCGGAGACCCUUCGCAGGAUGUGGGCAUUGACAACCCCUGAGCGCCGAGCAGAACUGGAAAAGGCUACCCCAGCUCAAAGGGAAGCACGAGAAAGGAUGGCCUUGUUCCCUACUCAAAAAGAAGAAGGAGAUGUCAAGACCGAAGUAAUCUUUGUGGACGCUGAUAAGUGGGUGCCAGUUGUGAGACUGGCCGGAAAACUCUGUGUCUUCCCGGGCAUACCUUCUCUUUUUCAACAACUUCUUCUCGCGUUAACUCCUUACUUGCCUUUGCCUCCGGCUUCCUCCAAACCAUUCCGACAUCUCAUUUACACAAGCAAACCUGAAUCAGCUAUUGCACCUUACCUUACGGAGCUGCAGGCCAGGGUGAAGAAAGAAGGAAUCCGUAUUGGUUCUUACCCCUAUCUGUAUCAAGGAGUACACGUCAGCCUAAUUGGCCAUGAUAUCGAAAGAAUUAAGGAAUUAGGUCGGGAAGUAAUCCAAGAGGUCCACGGUAAGGUGGUAGCAGAAGGGAAGCUAGGAGACGAUAGUACCUUAACAACCUCGAAGAUGUAGAUGAUUGGACAUGAACGCGAUAGUUGGACGCAAGUAGGGCAUUUGGUCGUCUGUCUUACGGUCAGAU